UUCCUAGGAGGAGGAUGGAGUGUUUUGCUGGAUAUUGAUUCUUCUGAGUUUGAGGUUGCUAUGAUUUAAUCGCUUUGAGAUCCAUUUCACCUCAAUCAAAUACGUUUUGGCGAAAGGACGACGAAAGACCAUGGCCCAGGCUACACAGAUGAACGUCCCCGAAAUCAACACUCCGAUAACAGUAGACCACGAUAAAAAGAAGCGACAGUUUACCAUACGACUAAAUGGCUCUCAUGACCGUGCGGUCCUCUUGUACGAGUAUGUUGGGAAGAAGACUGUGGACCUGCAGCAUACGGAGGUUCCAGACGCCUACAGAGGGAGAGGCAUUGCCAAGCACCUGGCCAAGGCGGCCAUGGAUUUUGUGGUGGAAGAGGAUCUGAAGGCUCACCUGACCUGCUGGUACAUCCAGAAAUAUGUCAAAGAGAAUCCCCAACCUCAAUACCUGGAGCACAUCCACCCCAUGUGACCCCAUGACAGAGAGGAGUGGAGAGGGAGAGAGACUGAGGUAGAAAGCAUGGCCUCAUGCUUUCGGUUUGGAGGACUUUGUGCUCUGUUUUUUGGGCUGGUAAGGGAGAGGGAAACCAUACUAUAGCUAUCCUUAUCUCUACGGACAUAAAGACUCCCUGUUGGAGAGGGGUGGUAGAGGAACUGUCCGAGUGCCAUUGACAUUACUCGUGGCCUGUCCUCCAUGGGCAUGGACAUCAGUGUGUUUGUGUGUAAAAAAAAAAAAAAGGAAUGUUGUAGAGUCUUGCUGUCUUAUUGUAUAUACAGUGGCAAGACUGUAUGCAGGAUUCCUGUUUUUGUACUGUAAGAAGCAAUGUCUCAUCACGCUUUGGCCGUAUUGCUUUCACCUAUCUUGUCUUGGCUGGUACUUUGAAGAGGAGUGAACAACGGCAAGAGGAAAGGAACAGCUUUCUGGAGUGGAAUGCAAUCUUGAUCAUUCAGGAUGUUUGUCCUCUUGUCAAAACCAUCAAGACAAACAGCUGUUCAUCAGGACCUUGAUUACCUGAAUCAGGUGUGUUAGAGCAGGGUUGGCGCAAUAGUGUGCACAUCCAAUAGCUCUCCAGGAGGGUGGACCACACCUGGUUUACUUUAGACCAUCAACUUGUGGGCUAUAUCCCCUACAUGCAGUCAUCCUGUCAUGGGCUAGUGAGGCGCUUCCCUCUAUUCCUGCUAUGCUGCCCCCAUGUUCAUCAGGACAACCACUCUUCAGUAGGCCUACCCUUCACCUUAAAUGUUACUGUACAGAAAGCUGCUGUGCUCUCUGACAUGAGACAUUGCCAUAGAACCUUCAUUGACAGUGGGGGUAAUCUUCUACUGUCUGUAAAAGCACUAAUUCAGGGCUGUUCUACUACAGUUUAAAUCUUGUGACAGUUUCUCUAUACAGUUUAUAAGCAUGGCUUAACAAAACAAAACAAAAUUCCAAUAUCAAGUAACAGGUUUUAUUUUUUAUUUGCUGAGUAUCUUAAACUACAGUAGGGAUUCUCUCUGGCUUUGACCUAGGUGAGAUGUACUAGUUGCUAGGUGACUGAAUGCAUACUGGUCAGGAAGGCAGUACAACUGAUGACACAGUCUUCAGGGGAUGGCUCUGUAUGCCUACUGUCUGACAGAGAUGGGUAUAAAGUCUGCAGACAGUCUGAUUAUUUUCCAUGUCUCUCUUGUUUUAAAUUAAAUAAUACCUUAUUUGACUAACCAUUGAAACAUUGAUUUACAAUCAUUUAGAAGUGCCUCAUACAUUUUAAAGUAGUUUCCUAGUAUACUUCACCUCUGAGCUGCAGAAUACCAAGGUGAUAACAAUUUAAAGGUGCACUUUAUGCAAUUAAUCUAUUGGCGAGGGGGGCAGGGAGCAGGCUAAUGGAUUGCACAUGUUACCGUGGUUUGCACUGGCUUGGUACAGGGUUACAACACACUUCCCAGUGUAGUGUUGAUAUCAACUCACUAGAGAAACUUGGAUAGGACAGGACACAAUAUGGGUAAGUAUAGCAACCUGGGGCAGGAAAAUAUCACCCCCACUUCAGUGUGACAGUCCGUUGCAUUGAAGCGUUAGUGUAGCCCAUAAUAGCAAGUGGAACAAUUUACCUGCUGCGCAACCUGGCUAUAGAAUGGUUUGUCCUACUCUUGAGUCCCAUAGUGUUGUCCUUGCUUGUGAUUGGUCAUUUCUCAACUGUUACAAAACAAACAUGAUUUGUGUAGGCAGCAUUUUCCGCAUUUGUUUUGAGCACAUUUUGGAUUACAGAUUACGUCAAAAUGUACUAGUAGUAAAUUAAACUGACCUCUACAUUUACAAAAUAAAAAGUGGUACGUCCUA